UUUGUAUAGAAAAGUCACGUCGUCUAGACGGGAUACGCUAUAUUUGUACGGUAUAUUGCACUGGUUGAAUAGCUUAUUCGAAAGUCUGCUCUGCUUCGUAGUCUGCUCGGCGGACCACUCGGUUUUUCCAUACAAAGAGGAUUAGCAUCGUCCUCUUUGUCUUUUGCUUUCUUUCUCAUACUCGGUGUUCAUCGUUUCGUUUUUUUUUCACGGUGUUUCCCCUUCGUCUUCUUCUUUCCCAACAAACCAUAAAGCCGUUUUCCCGAACAGUUGCAACAUCGCACACACUCAUAACCUAUCUAUCUCCUGUUUCUUGUCUAUAUACAUAUUCUGAUGUGGGUAUCCUACAUCGUAUCAACCACUCAAACCAAUCAAAUUUUCAACCGUACGAAGCCUAACGAAUACAUUGCAAUAAUCAAAAAUCAAAUGUAUAACAACGCGCGUUUUGUGCAAUAUUUUCGAACGUGAGAAGAAAGGUGCAAGGAUUUGUUCGAAACGAGUUUAUCGUAUUCUGCAUCUCGAACGAUAUCCAUUGCCAAACCGAUAAACAUUUUGAAUUCGUUUGCGCGUAUCUUCCUUCCGAGAAUGUGUCGUCGUAUCGUCUAGCUGAAAAUUUGAAUAAAAAGCACGUUUACAUUGAAGUUGAAGCGAUUCUUGGCAAACGAUGCAAAGAACGAAAAGCGAGCGACUCGGUAACAGAUUCGGUGACCGACAGAGGUUCUCUUUGAUCACAAAGAAAAACGCAAUCGCUUCCCUUUUUCGCUAUCCCGACGUCUGCUCUCUUUCCUGUAUAAUCGUUCGUCUUCCAUAAUCGAAAUCGCUUUGCAUUCGAUAUCGUCUCUAUACUGAGUUUUAAGAAACAAAAUACUAAAGCUGUCAUAAACACAAAAUACGUAUACAUACAUAUGUAUAUACACAUUCAUGUAGAACACACACACGCACGCACACAUUGCAAGUUCGGACGAAGAGCGGCUGUUAAAUUUUCAUUUUUUUCCCUUAAAAAGCAAAAUACGACAAGGUAAUAUUCGAUGAAAAACGGUUGUUGCGUGGUAUAUCGAACGGAACUGGCAGUCGAAACUCUGAGUUCUAUUUAUUUUGAUCUUGAACUAGACGCCGUCAUAACAGCUUACAUAAACAAAGUGUAUUCAGUGCUACAAUCUAUUAUAGUUUGGGUACACGGCGGCGAUUGCCGGCCUGGCCCUGCCCUGCUCUGCCCUGCCCUGGCCUGGCCUGGCCUGGCCUGGCCCUACCCUACCCUGCCCUGCCCUGCCCUGCCUUGCCCUGGCCUAGCCUGGCCUGGCCUGGUCGACUCGGCCUGACCCGGCCCAACACACGCCACACUCGGAAUAAACGCGCGAAAGCGACCGAGUGGAAGCCUACGAUGAGUGAAACGAACCAACGCAACGCAACGGUGCCAGUUUCGCCAGUGAGACUUUAGCUAGCGUCCGAACCACCGGUGCAUUCCACCGGUACGAUUUCUACUUGCACGCACGCUGCUGGCUGCAAUUUUCAGCUGCCGCGUUCAAUUUUCAUCUACCAAGCAUUCCGAAGGAUAAAUCAGUAUAGGGGUACCGGUGAAAAAUUCGUAUACGAAGAUAACAAAGUACAAGUUGACGCGCGUGCGCGAGAAGUUAGGGAUCGCAGUCUCCGCUAAAAUCUGUCCACACGCAGAUUCAAGCGUGUUGCGAUUAAAGAAAUUUGUCUGGUAUCGGUAAAUGAUCCGUGAUACGCGGUUCGGUGGUGAAAACACAACUUUUUGAAGAAAUGGGAAAACAGCGAGCUCGUCGAUGACUCGAAAUCUGUUGGAUCGCAUCGUCGAGGAAUGGACAAGGUGCGAGGAGAACAAGCAACGUGUCGGCCUUCCACGCUAAUCGGACGAACGGCGACUGGCUAGAAAUUGGCGACAACAAGAAACGUUCGCGAGCUUCCGGAAUCUUUGAUCGGCUUGAUCGCUCUAGGCUGGCUUGCUCGCGAAAUGGAUCGAUUCUCGUCAUCGCCGUCGAUGACGUCGUCAGCGUCGUCGCCGUCAGCGCCGAUGUCAGCACCACCGUGAUCGAACGCGAGUCGAAUUCGACGAUCCUGGAACAGAUCUGCAACCUCCGACACGGCAGGAGGACAGCUGAUUUUUGAACGAAGCCCCGCGCACCGUUGGCCGAUCACCGUCGCGCAUCAUGUUUGGAACGAAACUGCGCACAUGGAUGGAAGCACAUAUCGUGCGAUCGAAAAAGAAAAAGGACCGAAAGGGCAAGGGGGAAAAGGGUUUCGAUUCCAAUUCCAAUUCUCCUCGAAACGGGUCUCACAGGUCCCCCGCGUUGCACCAAGUUCAUCCGGUAGAUUCGCCGUCGAGGAACGUGGACGAAAUUCGAUUGCACGGAGAGGAUGGUAAUCGAUGCGGUACCGUGACCGCGUCCUCUGGUACGUCCGCGGGCACCGGUAGCGUCAACCUCUCUUCUCCGGAAAGCGCCUACAGUACCGGAUACUCGACGGACGGUACCUCACCCGGAACCAGUUAUCCACCGGAAUAUUACAUCAACAUCAGGACCGGCACCCAUUACUUUCAGAGUAACGCCAACGCCAAUGCCGGCACAGCCACAGGCAACUACAGUAACAACAACAACAACAACAGUAGCAGCAAGAACAAUAACAAUAAUAACAACGGCAGACCGAAGAAACCGAGCGAUUCGUCGGACUUGCCGGUCGCAUCCGCUUCUUUGCUCUCAGGACGCAGCAGACAUGGAAGGUUCGAGGGCAACGUCGAACCUUCCGUUUCUGGUUGUGCCACGAUGUUCUCUACGGCAACUAUGACGAUGGACAAGUUGGGGAAAGACGUCGUUCGAUCCAACGAGUAUGGGAGGACGAGUAAGAUAUCGACUCGACAGACGUUGCAAAGUGACGCGAUUCGCUUUGUCAAACAGAUCGGCGAACGUCUUCCGGAAGAGGAUGUGUCGGUGCAGCGAUCGGCGAUACCGAAGGAGAGGCGGACUGAGGAAUCCUUCUCAGCGGAAUCUUCGAGGAGCAAUUUGACCGAGCCACCGCCGCCUUCCUCCAUACCGCCGCCAUUGCUCUCACCGACCGUUCAAUCGCCGCGCGAACGCUCGCGAAUCCGGACGAAUCCGUGGCUGUCGGCCAACUCUUCCGGCUCGAGUACCACCACCGGCUUCAAAUCGAGGUUGAAUAUCGACGAUACCAGCAGCGGUUCUGGCCUGAAGCUCACGGAAUCGUCUGGGAGCGCGAGUGACGUAAACGCGAGCAGUGCGCGAGUAGGACGAGCCAGAAGAGAAUUGAAACAGGAGAGUCUCAGCGCCGGAAGGAGUCCGAUAAAUCAAAAUUGGAGAAUAGCAUCUGGCAUGGAGAUUCGACCGAAGAUAGCUUUAUCCGUGCAAAGACGCAACAGCAGCAGUAGCAGCACCAGUAGCGGCAGUAGCACUAACAGCAGCAGCAGCGACGGCGGUAGCAACGUAAGCAGCGUUGCCGGUAGCAACGGUACCGGCGGUAGUAGCAGCAACGACAACGAGGACGGAAAUAGGCACGGGAAUGAGAAGGAAAAUGGAAACGGAAACGGUAAUAGAAACGGUUCGUCCGCGUCGUCGAUCACGCGAAGCGCCAGAUCAUCCGAAGACGAUAUCACCUUGAACGAGAUGAUGGGCAAAUUUGACGAAAGUUACGUUUACGAGAAGGAGACGGACAUUUUGUCCGACAGCGAUCCGACCGAUUGCGAGGACUACAUCGAAUCUCUGUCUGAUCUGGACGCUGUUAGAGACGGUGCCGAUGAAAACGACCCUCUCGGCAACGAUGACUUCGACUAUAUCGACAACGGUUCGUUCCUCGAUCUCGACAAUCUCGAUUGCACCGGACGUUUCACCAACACCGGACACUGUACUUAUUUCGCGUUCGCCGGCGAACUCGCUCGACGGAGCAGCAGACUGCGAGAGUCGUUGAUGAAGCGGAGGAACAGGGACGACGCGGCGACGGCGGCCGCGGCGGCGAUGCUUCAGAGAACGAUCAGCGCGAAGAAUACCGCGAAGAAGCAAACAGCGCGACACAAGAAGCAACCAACAGACGAGAAGCAGCAGUCGAGCGAGAAACGGAAAAAGAGAUCCUCACAGCGCAGGAAACCGAAUUUCGACAAACGCGACCCGAAUACCAGCGUAAUAGGAGUCAUUGGUCGCAAUAACGACCGUAACGGUGACGACGACGACAACAACGACGACGAUGACGAAGAAACGGCGGCAAACUUGAACCGCGUGCUGGUCGAGAGAAUGCUGCUUAAAAACUCGGGCUUCAAUCAGGGUAGUAGAAGCGUCGGUGGUACACCGAUUUGUUUGCGUCGCAAGAAACAAAAUUGCGACGUGAACAAAAAUUUGUCACCGCUCCGAUCGACCGACGAACGAUCGUCUGCCGGCCGGCUCGUCACCGGUGAUCUCGAUGUCGUCAAGAGACGUUCCAAUUCGGUGAGCUACGUGAACGGAAACCUCGUCAGGCGGCGGCUAACUACCACCGACAACAACACCUAUAUGACAACGUUCGCCUCCGAGAUCGCUCUGAUCGAGGCCGAUAAGGAAGCGGACAAAAAGUAUCGAGAAUUGAUUCUCGAGGCAGAGAACAUUUUGGUGAACAUGCAAAAGAAUCAAACCAGCUUACCCAUCGUACCAUCACCCUCCCGAAAGUUUCACAACGGACUGACGAACAAACGGGUCGAACUCAUCAAAAAUACAGAGCUGAAUAUCGAACUUGCCCUCUCCAAGAGUAGGAACUCGCAGCCGGAAUUGCAGAGUGGCAGCAUCAAGGAUCUCGAGCAUACCAGUCCCAAGAGGCAGCAGUUCGUUCAACCAUGUUCUCCGAUGCGACGAUUCGUCGAGCGAAACGUUUCCCCACCGGUGCCCGGUACGACAGCAGCCACGUUUCAAUCGAGCUCGAUCAAAUGCUCCAUCGACUCCCCUCUCGUUUCGAGAAGAAAGGCGACGGCGACGGUGAGCCAACGGCAGUCGCCCGAUAAAAGUAUGCUUCGUUGCUCUCGGCCGAGGGUUUACGAGAAUCAGGAUCCCGAUGAUUACGAUGGACGGCGAGUAAACACGAGAAUGGCGACGGCGUCCACGACCAAUUCACCAUCAGCAGUGACAAUGUUCAAUUGCAACGGUAUCGUCGGUUCGGAUCAGUGCGCCACGCGCUCUCAAACUUCCCCUUACCUCGUCAACAGGCCUCGUUGCACCUUUUUAUCGCACACAGAUUCUUUCCCCGGAAUAAGUCGAAGAGAACUGCGCGCCUCGAAAUCGUCGCUCAACGCCGUAACCAAGGAGGAGGGAGUAACGUCGAGUUCCUCGGACUCGGAGGAAAGAUGCGACGUCAGGAGGCGAGCACCUCUAAUGACUUUCAGGUCGGUCGAUAUGGGCCCCAUAAAAGAAGGAUCCUCCUAUUGUCCGCAAAGCGAGCCGGUCAAGAGGAAAGUGUACGCAGGCAGUGCUACCUAUGGCAGGAUACAAAAAACUUUAGGGGAGCACGUCACGUUGAGAAAUUCGGACGGGGAUACCGCCACCGACGAUACCGAUGAUUCGAGGAGAUCUCUGAAAGAAAAAGUGGCUAGGCUUCGUCAAGAACGGAUGGCCGCAAACGCGUCCGUAAACGCUCAGGAUUCGCAGAUCUUCCAGCAUCAAUUGUCCCGACUGCGAAGGCAAAUGCUGAUGCAAACGAUCGAGGGCCUGAAACGAAGUCUCGAGGAUCAGUCCGCGACUUUGAAGCAGACGUGUUUGGAACCGAUAAACUGUCAAAGUAACAACGGACUAGGAGCAAAGUUGUCGUCGAUUCCGUCGGUCGGUCGGAACAAACAUUUCCCUGAUCACGUUGUUCGUAGCCUGGAUAUUUAUGAAUAACGGACAAAAGAAAUAAGCAUGAGACGAACAACUUUUCUUUCUGCAGUUUGUUUUUAUAUUCUAACCACGUAUUCUAAUGCGGAAGAUAUUUUAGGUUGUGG